AUGGCGAAUCUCGAGCACCUGAAGAAGCUUCGAACGUCAGCACGAUCUUCGGUUACUCGCACUAUCACCGAACUGAAGACUCUUCUGACUACGACGCCUUUGCCUCACGAUCAACUACGAGAUAAACUAGGCUUCCUGGAUGAGAAGUUUUCAGCCCUUAGCCAGCAAGACCAGGUGAUUCAGAAUCUCAUCACAGACGAACUUGUGGAAAGUGAGUGCGAGGCCUGCGACCGCUAUCUGGAAUCGGUCAUAGCAAUCAGGUUUCAAGUCCGCGCUGCGCUGGGCACUUUGACCUCGACGCAAGUGUCGCCCGCUACAGGUGAUGCCCCAUCAUUGCCGACAGUCCAACGUCUCGCAUCCCCUACAGAUGGUAUUACCCUGCCGAAGCUGAAGAUCGACACCUUCAACGGAGACCUGUCUAAAUGGCAGGGUUUCUGGGACCAAUUCCGGGCAACAGUUCACGAUAACCAGCGUCUGACUGACGUCAACAGGUUGAAAUAUCUUGUCUCCCUCGUUACCGGACCAACAGCUCGUGCCAUUGAAGGCCUUACGAUCCUCGACGGGAAUUACGCGACUGCAGUUGAGAUCCUUAAGAAGUGGUUUGGAAAGAGCGAGCUUCUGGUGACCGAACACAUGGGAUCGUUCUUUGAUCUCAAGCCGGUGACGUCCAUUAGCGAUGUCAAGGGUUUGCGUGAGCUGCACGAGACGGUUACAGUCAGAAUAAGGAACCUGAAGAGCCUCGGAGUCACGCUGAGCCAGUACGCGAUUGCCGUUCGUGAGGCUGUCCUGCGGAAGAUCCCCAAGGAACUCGAAUUGGAAUACUAUAAACAGAAGGAUGAAGAGUCGACUGUUGACACACUGACAUCUCUUCUGGACUUCCUUGAGACUGAGAUUGAGUGCCGCGAGCGAGUUCGACGUUCAGCGGAGGACGUUCCCCUUCCGAAACGCAGGGCACCCUUAACACCUUCUGCGUCGUCACUUACGGCCAAUGCGACGGACUCUUCAUGCAUCUUUUGCAAGUCCUCCCAGCAUCUUCUGGAAAGCUGUGACAGAGGGCUGAGCCCAGAUGAAAUCAGAAAUGCCCUACGUCGCGAAGGUUGUUGUUUCCUCUGUGGAAAGAAGGGCCACCGCUCCAAGGACUGCCGUGUCUGCUGGAAGCUCCGAUGUGGACGCUGUCACAGGCGACAUCUCACUCAGCUAUGCCUGGGCUCGUCGAGGACUGAACAGCCUGCCGCCUCCAAUCCCUCUUCUGCGCUUGCCGCCACUACCUCCACCGAAAACGUUGUGACGUCCUUGUCGUCAUCAACUAUUUUUUCAUCUCCACGCUCUGAGGUACUGCUGCAAACUGCUAAGGUGUGGCUCGAAGGAAGCAACGGCCGGAGGAUCCUAGCCAGAAUCCUUCUCGACGGUGGCAGCCAGCGUAGUUUCAUCCGUCAAGAAGUAGCGACGAAGAUCGGGUGCAACAUGAUCAGAACCGAAAAUUUGAGGGUCCAUACUCUUGGCAACGUCUCUUCGCGCCGCAAUAAGUACCGUUGCGUUCAAGUGCUUUUACGGAGCCAGUUCUCCUCCGCGAGUAUCGUGAUCGAAGCAGUGGAGUACGACGACAUCUGCUCGGACAGCUUACCGUCCUUGAAUUCGACAGCGGCACAGCAUGUGAAAAGCAUGGGUCUCCAGCUUGCCGACGAGCCCUCAGCUCCUACCGAAAUCUCCCUGCUACUUGGAUCCGACUUUUACUGGAAAGCAGUCACCGGCGUAACAGUCCGGUUGUCCGAGUACCUGGUAGCAGCAGAGACGCUCUUCGGGUGGACAGUUCAAGGCGCAAGUCGAGACGGCAGCAUCCGCAGUCGAAACGUCGAGGUGAUGCGGGUAGGCGUGCAAUCCGAAGAUACUGCGAGUAUCGACUCUCAGCUACAAGCGUUCUGGGAACUAGAACAUUUAGGCAUUACUGACCCCUAUCCAUCUGACCUCGACACCGAUUCCGUUCUGCAGGAUUUUCGGGCCACCACAAAGCUGGUUGACUGUCGUUACGUUAUACGCCUACCUUGGAAAUCGGAAAGGCAACCAGCCCUAGGAGACAAUAAGGCGUUAGCGGUUCAACGACUUGAGGCUACCACAAGGAAACUACGACGAGAUCCAGCACUGAUGGAAGAGUAUGAUUCUACCAUUCGGCAAUACCUUAAUCUCGAUCACGCUGAGCGUGUUUCUGCGCCUGAGUCAGUGUCUGGACCUCUGUAUCACAUGCCGCACCAUGCAGUCAUACGAAGAGACCGCGAGACUACAAAGGUCCGUAUUGUAUUUGAUGCGUCGUCGAAGUCCCCUGGUUGCAUCUCCCUCAACGAGGCCUUACACGCUGGACCAAACCUGAACCCCGACGUCCUACAACUGUUGCUACAGUUUCGCACGUACGAAGUGGCUCUAACGGCGGAUGUAGAGAAGGAAUUCCUUCAAAUUCAACUGGACCCAUCCGACCGUGACUGUCUGCGAUUCUUGUGGUAUGCCGAGCCUCCUAAGACGGGUGAACCUUUGCCACCGGUUGAGACUUGGCGGAUGACACGGGUUCCCUUCGGAGCGAAAUCGAGCCCCUUCCUCCUUGCAGCGACUAUACGUCAUCAUCUAAAGUCAGCAGAGACAUCGUACCCGCAGACAGCUCCCUUGCUGUCAAACCACUUUUAUGUGGACGAUCUCGUUGUCGGCGUCGCCACCGUCCAGGAGGCGCUCACUCUUUACCACGAAUCACAAGCAAUAUUUCGUGACGCUGGCAUGAAGCUGGUGAAAUGGACUACCAACCGCUCGGAGCUUCAGGGAACUUUCGAGGCCGAUGGAACUGCAAGCCCAUCCGCUACGUCACAGAGGAAGGUUCUUGGACUCGGUUGGGACAUCAGCACCGAUGAAAUCCGGUACUCCCUGAAAUCCAUCACGGAGUUCCUCGAGAGUAACUUGAACACCGGCACUAAGCGUUAUGUGCUUCAAGCCGUUGCACGUAUCUAUGAUCCCUUCGGCUACGUGACGCCAUACGUUGUCACGGUCAAGAUUCUGCUACAACGUAUUUGGCUGGCAAAGCUGAACUGGGACGACCGGCUACCAGAAGAUCUCAUGAGCACGUGGUCUACGUGGUGCAGGCAGGUACCCCUACUGGCUCGCGUUUCCCUACCGCGGAGGUUAACUGCUCUCAACAUUUCUGAAGCCUCCUGCUCGUUGCACAUUUUCAGCGACGCCAGUCCGCGAGCAUAUGGGGCAGCAGCUUAUCUUGUGAUUAAUGACGGUAGUGGAUAUACCGAAGCGUGCCUCGUUUUGGCGAAGACCAGAGUUGCUCCGCUGAAGACAGUCUCACUACCAAGGUUGGAACUGAUGGGCGCAGUAAUCGCUUCUCGGCUUUUGAAGUUCGUUCAGAGUGCGUUAGCAGUAACUCACGCCGCGACUAUUCUGUGGACGGACUCGGAGAUAACACUGCACUGGAUUUACGGAGCACCAAGCGACUGGAAACCGUUCGUGCAGAACCGAGUGGCUGAAAUACAGGGCGUUACGGAUCCUCAUCAGUGGCGACAUUGUCCGGGCCAUGACAAUCCUGCAGACCUGCUCACAAGGGGUACUUCAUGUCUUCACCUGAUAGAGAGCAAACUCUGGUGGAAAGGUCCGUCAUGGCUCAUCGAUCAGCAGUCUUGGCCUCCACCUUGGCGGGUUCCGCAAGAAACGUCUGAGGAGGUGCGAAACGAGGCUAAGGGUAGCGACUUGUACUCCGCGCCCGCAUCUGUAAAGGUUCCCAUAAUGAAGGCGGACAGGUACAGUUCGCUUCACAAGCUGCUGCGGGUUACCGCCUGGGCCUUGAGGUUCCUGCACAACAGUACGCACCCCUCCCAGAAGAAGACGGGUGUCCUUACAGCCGAGGAGAUCUCAGCGGCGGAAGAGUACUGA